AUUGAGGGCGCCCAUCCGGGCAAGGCUGUAGGUGGCGACGACUUCUUGGACGUGUGGGUGUAUGUGACCAUACAAGCGAACGUACGCGGAAUCAGCACGUGCUUGGCGUUCAUAGAGGCCUAUGCUAACCCCAUGGUAUUGCAGGGAGAAACCGAGUACUGUUUCACGGUACUAAAGCUGGCGGUGGACUAUAUACGUAAGCUGAACCCGGUAACCUUGACAACGGACGACCGCUAUGCCCUGCCCAAGCCCUCCAAGUACCAGUACGUGGUCAGUGGACUACGGCCCGAAUUAAUCCGAUGGGACAGGGCCACAGACAGGCCAGACGGUCCUUUUUCCCGGAUCCGGGUGCUGCGCUCUCGAUAUUUAUUUGGCUACCAGUCCAUUUUGGUCAAAGAAUGGGCCGUGUCGCCGUCUCGGCCGGUGAUCAGUGUGCUGUACAGGACAGGCAAUCCACAACACAAAUGUCUUGUUCAUGUCUGUGAGGUCGAGCUGUCGCCGUUACUACCCACCGCCACAUCAGCGGAGCGUCUGGAGGUGCUGUGUGCGCUGCUUAUGGUACCGAACUGUUCUUACGCCCUCUCUCCUAUCCGCACCCACGCACACACACACAUAUAUACGCAGCCACCCGCACCAGCAGGCACUCAGACAGACCCCACUAGGGCUCGUAGGGGGAAGGACACACAGGCCACACAGCCGCGUGAGGGUAAGGUGAGGAAGGUAGACGGACGGGAGAAAAAGCAUAAGACCAAGACAGGCAAGGACAAGGAGAAAGAGAAGCGCAGCAAACGCGAGCGCCAUCGUGACAAGGACAAGGACGCGAGAGAGGACAAGGGGACAGGCACACGCAAGGGCAGUGGCACAACGCCUGCGGAUGGCACGGGCGAACAAAGCAUACGCACACGCACACGUGGGGCGGGUGGGGAGGAGAGAGUGGAGCACGGUCGGGCUAUGCAGAGGCCGGCAGGAGGGGUGAGUCAUGCACGUGUGCGUGGGAAUGUAGGUAGAAUGGGGACAGCCAAUGGGAUGAGGGAGAGUCCGGCUGGGACAACGGGCACCGGUACGGGGCGAGGGCAAAAGGGCCCGUUGAAAAACGGGGUGGAGACGAGACCGCAGGAGAAUGCCACAAAUAUGAGUCAUGCACAGGACCACUCGGGCUCGGAAUGCGGGGACAUAGACCGGAGCCAGAUGGGAAGAAGGGACGGCCCCAACGGCGACCAAUCAAAACACGGGUACGCGUGUGGCGACACGCCCGGAUACCUACCUGUCAGUGUCAGCGGUGACAAGACUGACACUGACACUGAAACCACGCACGGCAGUGAACCCAUCAGAGCCAUCUCAGCGGACCAACUGACACCGUGCGGGCUGCAUGUGACGGAGUGUGUGGACGGGCCCUUCCUGUGCCUAGCUGCACUCGGGGAUGUGCUGGUUGAUCCUACAAACAGU